AUGAGUAAAAAGAUAUUUUUGUCGCAAGUAAAGUCGGAGGAGUUGACAGCUGCUGCUGCAAGGGCAGCAAGUACAAGUCCUCCAUUGACACCCAAUCACAGCACCAUCUCUGACGAUGAGCUGGUGUCUCUGUCGGUGAAAGAGCUGAAUCGUCUUCUAAAGGGGCUGACCAGAGACGAGGUAAGCAAACUCAAACAACGAAGGCGCACUUUAAAAAACAGAGGAUAUGCUGCUAACUGCAGAGAAAAACGUAUUUCACAGAAAGAGGAACUUGAAACAGAGAAAGACCAUCUUCGUGCAGAGGUACACAGACUUCAACGAGAGAAUGACAUUGUGAAGAUGGAAUUGAAUGCUCUGAGAAAUAAAUGUGAGGCCUUAGAACAUUUUGCCCAUCGAAAUGACAUACGAGUGCUAACACAGCCUCUUGUAGUGUCUCCCAUGCAUGGCUCUAUUGUUGUCAAGACAGAAGCAAUGCUUCCUAGUUCUACAGUAUCAUAG